AUGAGUUCUAGGGAAUCGACAAUUCGAUUUAUGUUUGUGAUAUUGACGAUUAUAGUAGGUUCUGUAUCGUCUGCAAGUGAGCGAUUGCCUCAUGGAGAAAUCCACAGACGAAACCUACUUGCAAAUGGCGUUGGCUUGACUCCACCCAUGGGGUGGAACAGUUGGAACCAUUUCUACUGCGAUAUCAAUGAGGAUAUAAUAAAACAAGCUGCCGAUGCUCUUGUUUCAUCCGGUCUUUCCGAGCUUGGAUACACAUAUGUUAACAUAGAUGAUUGUUGGGCGGAGGUGCAUCGUGAAGAGGGUAAACUUAUUGCUAAGAAUUCAACAUUUCCAUCUGGGAUUAAAGCUAUUGCAGAUUAUGUUCAUGCCAAAGGUUUAAAAUUGGGUAUCUAUUCAGAUGCUGGUUCAUUUACUUGUAGCAAGAAAAUGCCUGGUUCACUUGGUUUUGAAGAAACGGAUGCCAAAACUUUUGCUGAUUGGGGCAUUGAUUAUCUCAAGUACGACAACUGUAAUAACGGCGGUGUAAAGCCAACUGUUAGAUACCCAGUUAUGACAAGAGCUCUAAUGAAGACCGGUCGUCCUAUCUUCCUCUCCCUAUGUGAAUGGGGAGAUAUGCACCCAGCUUUAUGGGGCAAUCCUGUCGGAAACAGUUGGAGAACUACGGGUGACAUACAGGAUAACUGGGACAGUAUGAUGUCCAGAGCCGACAUAAAUGAUUACUUUGCGGAACAUGCUAGGCCUGGCGGAUGGAAUGAUCCUGACAUGCUUCAUAUUGGCAAUGGAGGAAUGACAUUAGAUGAAUACAAAGUUCAUUUUAGUAUCUGGGCCAUUUCAAAGGCUCCUCUUCUUCUCGGAUGUGAUGUGAGAAAUGUAACUAAAGAUAUCAUGAAUAUCAUUGCCAAUAAGGAAGUAAUAGCUGUGAACCAAGGUAUAUACAAUUAUAAUAAUAACAUAUAA